CCAUUUUUACUGUUGAGUAACUGCAUGCUGGUCUAGCAGUGCGAGAGAGAGGGUGAACGAGAGGUAAAGGGAUAAAGUGCGAACCCAGGAUCUUAUCGGGACUCUCUGGUCCUAUCGUCUUUACACCUCUUGCUUGUUGCUUGUUUUCACUUUUUUGGGGAGGCCCCAGAGAGGACACACAAUGGAGCGAAGAGCCUGUGGCAACUGGGCUGUUGUACUGCUGAGAGGGGGAUGGGGUAGAGAGAGGACCGGUUCACACAGCUAACAGAGCCUGCUGGCUGUAGGUUCCCAACAGCCUCUCCUUCCUGCCUGGACAUACUUUUUCCAGACUGGCUUCUUUCCUGGAACAACCACUCUUAAACUCUUCCUGGUCUACGUUCAGGAUUACUCACCAUGUCUUGUGGGAUUUUAGAACAAAUCACUGAGCCAGAGGAAUGAAUGGUUUUGGAAUAGCCAAAAAGAAAAAGUAACUUCUUUCCAAUUMAUCUGUGGCUUUUUUGGUUUCUGUUUCUGUUUGGUGGAAUUGAUAAAUGGAUUACAAGAUGCACUCCAAGUCGAAUGAUUUGCUGGAUUUUCAACAACUGGAUGCCCUUCUGGAAAAAAUUGCACAUUCAGUCUCUGUGAAAAGAGAUUCCAGUGAGGAGUGCAAUGGGAUCAGUGGUACUCUGUCAGUGGAGUCUGUGCCGGGGCCAAGACUGAACUGGUGUUCUGCCAGCACCACUACCCCUGCCCCUACUCUCGCUCCAGCUCCCGUUCCGGGACCUGAGCCCACGCCUUACCCUGUCAGAAUGGGAGACGGCCUGGAUACUGCGCAGAUGUCAGGCAGCAGCCAGGGGCAGGCUCAGCAAACAGGCAAUCCCCCUGCCCCAGAGUUCUUCAGUCCUAACAGGCCGAAGCGCCAGACCAACCAGCUGCAGUACCUACUAAAAGUUGUGGUAAAAUCCCUAUGGAAGCACCAGUAUGCCUGGCCUUUUCAUUCACCAGUGGAUGCCAUUAAACUUAACCUGCCUGAUUACUACUCUAUAAUUAAAAUUCCUAUGGACAUGGGAACAAUCAAAAAAAGACUUGAGAAUAGCUACUACUGGAAUGCCCAAGAAUGUAUUCAGGACUUCAACACGAUGUUUACCAACUGCUAUAUAUACAACAAGCCUGGCGAUGACAUAGUUUUAAUGGCUGAAGCUCUAGAGAAGGCUUUCCUUCAAAAAGUUGCAGAGAUGCCUCAAGAAGAAAUAGAGAUCCCGGUCAUGACAGGAAAGGGACGUGGCCGAGGCCGGAGAGAAGGUGGUUUAAACUUGAAACCAGGCUCCAUCAUUGAUUCGUCAUCCACGACUCCACAAACGCGUGGCCUGUCAAACCUUCCAGUGGCUCCGCAGUCUCUAGGACCAAUGCAGGCCCCAUCUGUGCUACCUCCACAUCCUUCAAUCCAGACUCUGCCCUCCCUUGUGCCCCAGACGUUACCCAGCCUUGCACCACAGCUCGGAGCACCAUACACCAUGGUUCAGCCAGACUGUGUUCCUCAAGUUCCUAUCAUGACUUCUGUGCCUCUCCCCACUCAGACCUCUCUCCCCCCAGUACCGAUUCAGAACACUGCCCCUAUGCUGCAGAGCCCUAUAACUAUGACCAAACAAAAAAAGAGCCAAAAAAGAAAAGCGGACACUACAACACCAACAGCAAAUGACCAGCUGAGUGAGUCUUCACCUGCAGAAUCUAAAUCUGGGAAGACGUUACCCAGAAGAGAGAGUAGCCGACCACCGAAACUGUUAAAGAAGGAGGCUCCGGACUCUCAGCAUCACAUAGGCAUGGUAACCGGUCUGAGUGGACCAAGUGGAGGUCUUAGCCCCAAACCACAGGAUCAGCUAGGUUACUGCGCUGGUCUAGUUAGGGACAUGCUAUCCAAGAAACACGCUGCUUACGCCUGGCCGUUUUAUAAACCCGUUGACGUGGAUGCACUGGGACUACACGACUAUCACGACAUCAUCAAACAUCCAAUGGACCUCACUACCAUCAAGGCCAAAUUGGAAACAAAGCAAUACCGAGAUCCCCAGGAGUUUGCUGCUGAUGUAAGGUUAAUGUUUUCCAACUGCUACAAAUAUAACCCACCAGACCACGAAGUAGUAUCCAUGGCACGAAAGCUGCAGGACGUGUUUGAGAUGCGCUUUGCCAAGAUGCCAGACGAACCUGAGACCAAACCAGUGGUUUCUGCCCAAACUCCUACGCUUCACCAUCCUGCCCCGGUGAAGCCCCAACCCCAUUUGGCACACGUUCACACAUCUUCAGACAGCUCCAGUGACUCAUCCUCUGAGUCUGAGUCUUCCACUGAUGACUCCGAAGAGGAAAGAGCUCAGCGGUUAGCAGAGCUCCAGGAGCAGCUGAAGGCUGUCCACGAGCAGCUGGCUGCCCUGUCGCAACCACAACCCAGCAAACCAAAGAGAAAAGAGAAGGAGAAGAAAGAGAAGAAAAAAGAUAAGCAUAAGAAGAAAGGCAGCAUUCCAAGCCAUGUAGAUGAGAUCCAGGACCCCCCACCUAUUCCACAGCUGCCCAAGAAAACUAAGACCACAAACAAUAACAAAGAUGUGGUUACUAAGAAGAAACCCAGCAAAAAGGAGGUAUUGAAAAAUAGUCAUCCACCCAGUCUGCAGCACGUUCCCAACCUGGAGGACGAUCUUGGAACAACUGGACCACCGGUCCCAGGGGAGAAAUGCAAGCCCAUGACGUACGAAGAGAAGAGGCAGCUAAGCCUGGACAUUAACAAGCUUCCCGGUGACAAGCUUGGCCGUGUAGUACAUAUCAUUCAGUCGAGAGAGCCCUCGCUCAAAAACUCGAAUCCUGAUGAGAUUGAGAUCGACUUUGAGACACUGAAGCCUUCAACUCUACGGGAACUGGAGAGAUAUGUGUCAUCCUGCCUCAAGAAAAAGAAACGGAUUCCACCCGAGAAAACUGUUGAGUCAGUGGCUCCCUCUAAAAAGACGAUAUCUUCUUCUGAAAGCAGUGGCUCAAGCUCAGACAGUGAAGCUGAGGGAUCAGGAAUGAUAAAACUGCCGAAGAAGAAGAGCCAAUCUGUGAAAGAGGGGAAGAAGAUGCAUCCCCAUGUCCAGACGGGCUCUGCUCAGACUGGGUUUCAGUCCCAAGCUGUUGUCUCUCAGGCCAGCAGUCAGAUGAAGCAGCAGCAGCACCAACCGUCGCCUGCAGGCUUUAUGCCUCCUCCCCCCGUCGCUGCUCUGGAGUCGUCCCACUUGCUAGAAAGCUACGAGCCUCUGCCUCCGUUCAACCAGCCGAUCAUGCAUUUGCCCCACCACACUGGCAACUCUUCCCCUCCAUCUCCGCAUAUAAAUGCUCAUUCUGCUGGAUCAGUGUCCCCUGAAACGCACCCGUUCCUCAAUCAGCAUCCGGUCCUCCCGUCUCCAGCUCUACACAGUUCGAUGCCUCAGCAGCCGUCGCGGCCGAGUCACAAAGCAGCACCUCUUCAUCCUAAACCGCCCCAGCAGCAGCAGCAGCAGCAGCCAGCCCCACCUCAGCAGCAGCAGCAGCCAGCUCUACAGCAGCAGCCGCAGCUCCAGCCUCAGUCGGCCCCCCCACCACAGCAUCAGCUCCCCCCUCAGAUCCUCCACACUCACCAACCCCUGCACCAAAGGCCCAUGUCACCCCCCACCCUCACCCCUCAAGGUUUGCUGUCUUCCCAGCCUCCCCAGAUGCUGUUGGAAGACGACGAAGAGCCGGGGUCGACUACACCGAUGAACCAAGUGCAGUUAUUCCUACACCAGUUUCAGCCGGCCCGUCAGCCGCAGCAGUCCAUGCAGUCGCACCAGGUGCCGGUUCGGCAGCAGCUGCAGCUGCAGCAGCUAGGGCAGACUUCUCUCCUGCAGACGGCGACAAUGCAGGCACAGUCGCAGCUCUCCGCACAGACUUCGCUGCCUCCUCCACAACUUUCCGUUCCCUCUCAAGCCCAGCCCACUGCAUCACAUCAGGCCCCGCCCCCUCAGAUUACCCUACACCAGRCCCGACACCUGCAAAACACUCAACACCAACAGCAGCAAGUGCAGCAGCAUCAACUGAACUACCAGCAGGGUCCGGGACUCGCUGGUCAGUCCCAGGCGUCGCAACACAACAUCUCGAUGCCCUCCAACAAAGCACAGCAAAUCAUCCAGCAGCAGCAGGAGCAGCCCUCCCCUCGGCCAUCCAAACCUGACCCAUACAAUACCGGCCACAUAAGAGAUAACCCAUCUCCUCUCAUGAUGCAUUCCCCACAAAUCCCCCAGUUUCCUCCCGUUUCUCACCCCUCCCCACCUCACAACAUGCAACCCAAAAAGCAGAGGGCCCCUGGAAGCCAAGUUGCGGUUAAAGAGGACAAACUUCCUCCAUCACCAGUGAUGAGAGGAGAGCAUUUUAACUCUGCGAUGAGAGCAGAGCAUCACAAACAUCCAGAAAUCAAGCCCAGUCAGACCGGCCAAAGUCAACAGAGUUUAAAAUCUGUGGAUAGUUCACGGCCCAUCAUCCGUUCCUCUGAGCCCAGCGGGCCACCUCCCUCCCUGCAGGAAAAGGAGAAAUUCAAGCAGGAGCCCAAGACCCCUGUAGCUCCCAAAAAGGUACAGGACGUGAAAUUCAAAAAUAUGGGCUCAUGGGCAAGCCUGGCACAAAAGUCAACGUCUACAACGCAAUCUGCUGUGAAGUCAUCGAGUGACAGCUUCGAGCAGUUCCGCCGUGCGGCCCGGGAGAAAGAGGAGAGGGAGAAGGCCCUGAAGGCCCAGGCAGAGGCCGAGAAAGACCGACUGCGUAAAGAGCAGGACAAACAACGAGGGCGGGAUGAAGAAGACGUCAUCGAGCCUCCGCCCAGAAGAGUGCACGAGGAGUCUCGUGGCCGCCUCGAGCCGCAGCACAUCCAAGCCCCUUCUCAACAACAACCGCAGCCGCAGCAGGUGCAGGUGCAGCAGGAAUCCCAGCCGGCUGCCGUCCAGCAGUCUCCUCAACCCACCACUCCGCCUCAGCCCUCCACACAGAACUCACUAGACCAACAGAGGGAACUGGCACGCCGAAGGGAACAGGAGAGGCGGAGGAGGGAGGUGAUGGCAGCGACUAUUGAUAUGAAUUUUCAAAGUGACUUAAUGGCUAUCUUUGAGGAGAACUUGUUUUGAGAAAAAGAGGACAGCAGAAUGAACUGCAAAAGAAGAAGAAAAAAGGUGAAUGAAUGCCGCAAGCAUCCUCUUGAAUAAAAUCAUGGCAACAAUGCAGCGCAGACCGCUCCGCAGACUUUAUGCAUACACAACCAGCCCUGUUGAGACUGAAAACAAACGCUGGCUGGACGAGCGGUUGCGGCUCACUUUGGCCCCGUUGGCUGAACACAUGGAGGGGGACUCUUAUUGUUUUGGAUGUCAUUUUCUUGGAAUCCAGCAUUGCUUGCCUGAUCUCUAGUUGUGGAGAAAAAAAAGGACGCCUCCUUCCCCCCCCCCCUUUUUUUUUUUUUUUUGGCACAGUUGCCUUUGUCAGACUUGAUUCUCUCACUGUGUGUUGGCACAACAAUACUGCAGGAGUAAAGACAUCCCAGUCCUGGAGAUGGUGAAAAUGCUCUGAAUUACUGACAAACUGCGCAGAAGUAUUUUGAAACUGCCAGAUGUCUAAAAUCGUGAAGAAAUUUGUCUUUUAUGUUGUUUAUUUUGUCAUUAGUGAACUGUUGUUUUUUUCUUGUUUUUUUUUUUAAAUAUUUGGUGGGGAAGGGGUGGGAGCAACUUCCAUACUGUAAAUCAUGUAUAUUUCUCAGCAGAGAAGGUACAGUUGCCUUACAUCUCUUUCCUAAAUAGAUAAGUAUGUUGUAUGGCCUGCACACAUGGACAAACCAAUAACAUUUACAGACAAGAUCCAGAAGCCGUGCAGACUUUUUUUUUUUUCCAUCAUCUAGGAUCUACUGUAAAAAAAUAUUUUCUUAUGCUUCAAAAACUGUUUAUUUUGGAUCUGCCUGCUUUUCCGCCUCGGUUCUCCUUGCACCAACACACUCCACCACCUAUGCCAAACAACUCAAUAUCUUUUAUGCUAAAUAACUUCUCUAAGCAUUGUAGGUAGAUAGCGGGCAAAAAAAAACAACUGAAUAUAUGCAUUAUCAUAGCUCCAGUGAGUAUUUAUCAAAGAAAAGAUCAGUUUUCACCUUGUAUUUGUCAUUUAAAAACUACAAAAACUAGCUACCAGAGGAGUUAAAGAACCAGUUGUUUCUGAGCUUUAGUUGGGUUUCACUACAAGUGUCGUUAUAUUUGUUUUACUAUCAGAUAUUGAUGUGCGGCUGUUCACAACAGUCACUACUGGAUUGGAUGAGCCUCUUGUGUUGCCUUUGAGGAUUCUGUUGUGACUAAAAUCAGUGCUUAACAUAAGAAAGAUACAAUUAAGGAAGAAGACACAAUUUCAUCUUUUGUAGCUAACAGCUAAAACAAGUUAGUAACAAAAACAUUUAAUGGGACCAGAUGAAGCUCCCGCUUUCAGUCAUCUUCCAAAUCACAACAGGCACUCUUGACAACGUUUUAAAAAAAAAAAAAAAGCAAAGAUCAACCAGAAA